AUGAGUUUUGGCGAUUCCUCUUUCCUCCCUCUGCGCUUCAACUUCUCCACCACGCCAUGUGAAGGCCAACUGAUCGCAAAAUUUACCACCCCUGCGGAGGUCCCCAAUGGGGAAGCAGAUAUCUUUUGGCAAUGCGCCGGACUGGCUCCAUACUGCUAUCAGGCGAAUAUAACGAAUGGCACAUCUGAUCCUACCAUGCAGCUUGAUAGGGAGGCACAAGUUGGAUGCAUUAACGAGAUCACAGGAGACAUCACCCAUAGUCACACUCCCGUCCCAGUCAUGGGUCACUUCUGGGGUGGCAACACCAUCAUCUACAGUGAUGAACAAGGAUCCAACGGGGACGGACACAACAGCCGCCCGGGCUCCGACUGCUGA